GCUCCGGCGUCUGGGGCUCCGGAUCCUGCUAGCUGGCCCUGGGCGCGGAGAGCGGGAUCUGCGACUCGGGGAGGGAUGGAGGCGGGCGGAUUGGCCGACUCGCUUCUUUCUGGAGCUUGCGUGCUCUUCACCCUCGGCAUGUUCUCCACCGGCCUCUCGGACCUCAAGCACAUGCGGAUGACCCGGAGCGUGGACAGUGUCCAGUUCCUGCCCUUUCUCACCACGGAUGUCAACAACCUGAGCUGGCUGAGUUAUGGGGCCUUGAAGGGAAACUGGACGCUAAUCGUCGUCAACGCCGUGGGUGCUGUGCUUCAGACUCUGUAUAUCUUGGUGUAUCUGCACUACUGCCAUCGGAAGCGUGCCGUGCUCCUUCAGACUACAACCCUGCUGGGGGUCCUUGUCCUGGGUUUUGCCUACUUUUGGCUCCUGGUGCCCGACCCUGAGAUGCGGCUUCAGCACCUGGGCCUCUUCUGCAGUGUCUUCACCAUCAGUAUGUACCUCUCACCACUAGCUGACUUGGCCAAGGUCAUUCGUACUAAAUCAACCCAGCGUCUCUCCUUUUCACUCACCAUUGCCACCCUCCUCACCUCUGCCUCCUGGACACUCUAUGGGUUUCGACUAAGAGAUCCCUACAUUGUGGUGCCCAACCUUCCAGGAAUUCUCACCAGCUUCAUUCGCUUCUGGCUUUUUUGGAAGUACCCCCAGGAACAAGACAGGAACUAUCAGCUUCUACAAACCCGAGGGAGUUCACCUGACCACUGGGCACCUAUAAUACCAACCUAUUACCAAAGAAACUUGUUUCAGCCACUGCUGCUGGUUAGCUCCACAGGGGCAGUGGUUUGUGGUAAAGGAAAAGAGAAUGCUUUGAGAAUCCGGGGACUAAAGAAAGCUUUAGUUAGAAGAUUGGAUGGAACCUGGGAGAUGAAUUCACUUUUUUUCUUUUUUUUUCAAGAUUUUGUUUUUUACUUUUGGAGGUGGGGGGAAAUCUUUAGAAUGUGCCUUAAAAUAAAACUGUUCCCUACCCCUGCCCAUCAAGGCUCCUUCUAUAUUCAGGGAUAAUCAAUCCACCUGGUUUGGUAAAGGGUAGAGCAACUGUCUGAUUCACAGUUGCUCUUGGACUAGUAGGGUUAGGCUUGGGUGUUAUGAACAACAGACUUCAAGAGAUCUCUCCUAACAGGGCUAAAAAGACCAGGAAAGUGAAAUGACUUUUCCAUUCUGAGAGAUCUUGAGAAAGGGGGUCUGUGCCGCCUUCAUAGCAAAAAGGAAGAAGCACCAGCAAAAUACAAAAAAUAAAGGCUGAGAGAACCUCAA